AUGGAGGACGCUAACAAACGUUUUCAACACUGCAGGAGCAGUGUUUAUUUUACUUUAUUCCGGGACAAUGUGGACUGCCCAGACGUUCAAUGUAGCAACUGUUUGCUUGCAGAGGACUACAGUGACGAAGUGGCUACUCUUAGCAAACAGGUAGCGAACCUACACAAGCUCCUGGGGAAUCCACGCCCGCCUAUUUUUUCCUUUAUCUUCCACCCCAGUAGCUGGAUGCCACUCUGGCCUGGUGGAAGUGUUGCAGCCGUGUCAGCUCUCCACAGCCGACUGGCCGGUACUCUUCAGGGAUCCCUCCCAGAAGGGGUCUCCCACUUCCCUGGAGAAUGGAGUUGGUGGGAUGCUCCUGGAUGACUUGGUGGAUGUUCCUGUUCUCGAUCCUACCAACCAGCCAUGGAGCAAAUGGCGUCCUCUGGCAAUGGGGGCCUCCUUGGAGAUGUUAAGCCCAGACAUGACACAGACUAGAUAAAGCUUCGCCACCCUGGAACCAGAGGCUCCGGCGCCUUCCCUGAGGGCUUCCGAUUACAGAUCGGAUCCGAAGGUACUGUACCUGCACCUUAGUCCUCUGUUCUGUCUCCCUCUCCGAUGGCUUCUACCUCAGGUUCAGAUCCUCAGAGCGCACACCCUCAACAGACCGUGAGGCUGUCUGAAACUCCGGCCCAUUCAUCAUCCAUGAUGGAUACCACAGCUGGCUCGGGUGCAUCAGACCCCAGGUUUGUGAAACCACUCGAGGCGAAAGAACGGCCUGACUUCCUCAACCAUUGCAUCAGCUGUCGUCAUCAGCAGUUCUAUGGUAAGGAACAUCACGGUUCCCGGGGCAAAAACCCUGUGCUAUCUUGAAGCACGAGUCCAGGACAUAUCAAGGCUGCUUCCGACCGUUCUACAACAGCUGCCGGGAACUGACGCUGUCGGAGUCCAUGUGGAGUCAAACGACAUUAGGAGGGCUAGCUCGGAACUUCUGAAAGAUUCCAAAAAGCGGCCAAAUUAUUUCAGGUCCGGUACCAUCGUUGGGCCGCGGGUGUGAAAGAUUCAGCAGGCUACUGGCAUUACACACCUGGCUAAAAUAUUACUGUAGCUCUGUUGGAAUCACUUUUAGAAAUAACUUUGAAACCUUCUGGAAACAGAAGAUGCCCUACAGGAAUGAUGGAGUCUAUCCUAAUCAUCUUGGCUCCUGGACUCUGUCCAAGCAUUUCAAGGCUGCGUUGAGACAAUUAGUUAUGUAUGACCAAAGUCGAGCUGAGUUAAUCCCUACAAUUGUGUAGCUGAGUUGUCAUAAUGCUGCAGCAAAUGUACAUUAUCGCAGGGGUGUUGGCAGACACAAUGUACAUAACCUAAUUAAUGUCCUUCUAAUUGCCCUGAAUGCCUAUGUUGAUCCUACAGCUAUUGUGUACAGCAGUCAUGUGCCUAUGAACCAGAGUUAUACUGUUAGCACUUAGGCAGUGUGCCCUAGUAGGAAGUCCACUGUGUGCAGCUCACCCUGCACUAUCAGCUUAAACAUCAAUAUCAUGAGCAUGUCUACUUCUGCUAAGCUUCCCAGUAAAGCAAUGAAAACAAUCAAGCAUCCCAGAAAAGUGCUAAAAACAGCCCACAUGAACAUAUGUAGCCUAAAAAACAAGGUUCUUGAAAUCAAUAACUUGCUAGUAACAGAUGACAUUCAUAUUCAGACUAUCUCUGAAGCUCACUUAGAUAAUACAUUUGAUGAUACAGUGGUAGCAAUACAUGGAUAUAACAUCUACAGAAAAUACAGAAAUGUCAGUGGUGGAGGUGUUGCUGUUUAUAUUUGGAACCACAUUCAUGUAAAGAUUAGAGAGGAUCUCAUGUUAAAUACUGUUUAAGUAAUAGGGCUACAGGUUAAUCUGCCUCACCUAAAGCCCAUUCUUCUGCGAAGCUGCUAUAGACCACCAAGUGCUAACAGUCAGUAUCUGGAUAAUAUGUGUGAAAUCAAAUCAAAUCAAAAUGUAUUUGUGACAUGCGCCGAAUACAACAGGUCUUACUUACAAGCCCUUAACCAACUAUUAAGAAAAUAGAUUUAAGAAAAUAUUUACUAAAUGUGAUUUGUUUCAGGAAACUAGGCGUAUGUCACGCGUCACUACUUCAUAGGAGAGCCAUUUGAACGUAAACUUUUUUUUAUUUUUAUCAAUGCGUUAUUUGGCAGGAAUGCCUUCUGGAACAUGUGAACUUUCAUGUGCCUUAAUAACAAACGUGUAUGCCAUCUGUAAAUACGAAUAAAAUUGUUAAAUUACGAGCCUAGUUGGUUUAGCCACAGAAAAAGACAGCAACCUUCCCGCUAUUUUCUACAUUGUAGAAUAAUAAAAACUAUGAAAUAACACAUAUGAAAAUGGCGCUUACAGAGAAGGCUGCCUCGCUUCUAGUCCUUAGGAAACGUUGCAGUAUAUAGUUUUUUCUGUAUUAUUUCUUACAUUGUUAGCUCAGAAAAUCUUAAGUGUUAUUACAUACAGCCGGGAAGAACUAUUGGAUAUCAGAGCGGCGUCAACUUACCAACACUACGACCAGGAAUACGACUUUCACGAAGUGGAUCCUUUGUCCGUACCACCCAGGGCAUUGGAACUGAUUCCAAAGGCCGACCCAAAUCAAGCCGCCGGAGGAGAGGCAGCCAGAACGCUCUUCUAGUCAGACUUAGGAGGCGCGCACACCGCCCAUCGCUUCCAAGUGUAUUACUCGCUAAUGUUCAGUCCCUAGAUAACAAAGUGGAUGAGAUAAGUGCAAUGGUUGCUUUCCAGAGAGACAUCAGGGAUUGUAACAUACUCUGUUUUACGGAAACAUGGCUCUCUCGGGAUAUACUGUCCCCAUCCAUACAGCCAUCUGGGUUCUCAGUACAUCACGCUGACUGGAAUAAACAUCUCUCCGGGAAGAAGACGGGUGGGGUGGUUUGUUUCAUGAUUAACAACUCAUGGUGUAAUUGUAACAACAUACAGGAACUCAAGUCAGUUUGUUCACCUGACCUAGAAUUCCUCAGAAUCAAAUGCCGACCGUAUUAUCUCCGAAGAGAAUUCUCUUUGGAUAUUGUUACAGCCGUGUAUAUCCCCCCUCGAGCCGAUACCACGACGGCCCUCAAGGAACUUCACUGGACUUUAUGCAAACAGGAAACCAUAUAUCCUGAGGCUGCAUUUAUUGUAGCUGGGGAUUUUAACAAAGCAAAUUUGAGAAAAAGGCUACCUAAAUUCUAUCAGCAUAUUGACUGUAGCACUCGCACUGGAAAAACACUGGAUCACUGCUACACUAAUUUCCGCUCUGCAUACAAGGCCCUCCCCUGACCUCCUUUCGGCAAGUCUGACCACGACUCCAUUUUGCUCCUCUCUUUCUAUAGGCAGAAACUCAAACGGGAAGCACCAUGCUAAGGACUAUUCAAUGCUGGUCUGACCAAUCGGAAUCCACGUAGCAUUCGCGAUAAACUGAAAGCACGAACCACCGCAUUUAACCAUGGUAAGGUGACGGGGAAUAUGGCAGAAUACAAACAGAGUGGUCGUUCCCUCCGCAAGGAAAUCAAACAGGCAAAACUUCAAUAUCGAGACAAAGUGAAGCCGCAAUUCAACGGCUCAGACACGUGAUGUAUGUGGCAGGGUUUACAGACAAUCACGGACUCCAAUAGGAAAACCAGCCACGUCCCGGACACCGACGUCUUGAUGCCAGACAAGCUAAACAAGUUCUUUGCCCGCUUUGAGGAUAAUACAGUGCCACCGACGCGGCCAGCUACCAAGAACUGUGGGCUCUCCUUCUCCGUGGCCGACGUGAGUAAGACAUUUAAAUGUGUUAACCCUCGCAAGGCUGCCGGCCCAGACAGCAUUCCUAGCCGCGUCCUCAGAGCAUGCGCAGACCACCUGGCUGGUGUGUUACGGACAUAUUCAAUGUCUCCCUAUCCCAGUCUGCUGUCCCCACAUGCUUUAAGAUUGCCACCAUUGUUCCUGUACCCAAGAAUUUAAAGGUAACUGAACUAAAUGACUAUCGCCCUGUAGCACUCACUUCUGUCAUCAUGAAGUGCUUUGAAAGACAAGGAUCAUAUCACCUCCACCUUACCUGUCACCCUAGACCCACUUCAAUUUGCUUACCGCCCCAAUAGGUCCACAGACGAUGCAAUCGACGCUCGGAAUAACAUCUGCUAACCAUGUGUAUGUGACCAAUACAUUUGAUUGAUAACCAAAAAAGUGUUAAAGAAAUCGAAAUAUAUUUUAUAUUUAAGAUUCUUCAAAUAGCCACCCUUUGCCUUGAUGACUGCUUUGCACACUCUUGGCAUUCUCUCAACCAGCUUCACCUGGAAUGCUUUUCCAACAGUCUUGAAGGAGUUCCCACAUAUGCUGAGCACUUGUUGACUGUUUUUCCUUCAUUCUGCAGUCCGACUCAUCCCAAACCAUCUCAAUUUGGUUGAGGUCAGGGGAUUGUGGAGGGCAUGGGAUGGAUAUUUUCACUCUGGCUGGAUUCCAAUAGGAAUUACACAUCACUUUGCAAGCAAGCAUGAUGUGACUUGCAGGCUUGAUGUAGCCUGUAAACCAGGAGUUUCAGACCACGUUAGGGUGUAACUAGGCCCUCAAAGAAAGGCCUUAUGAUAUAUACUAUGUAAUGUGUUGCAAUAACUUUUCACUGGGAAAUGUGCAAAUAAGGUUAAAUACAUUGUCAAGUUGAAUUGUAUGAUCUCUCAACCUAAAAUUCUAAGUUGAGUGAACAUACAAUUCAACUUGACAAAGUAUGUUGGUUCAGCUAUAUGCCCAAAUGUUGAGCAAACUCACAAUCUUAUUGCAGCUGGUUGCCUUACAAAUGCAUGUUGAAUCUUCUUUUUUUUUCUUUGUGCAUGGUACUGUGUCCACAUCACAAUGUGUAGGUGCUAGGGUGUGUGCCAUGGCUGGCAUUGGUCAGUGGCCUACCAGUCAGUGGUUUGACAUUGGUAUUACAUUGGAAUACAACGACACAUUCGAGAAUGAUUUGAAUUGUUCGCUUUUUGAGAACAGACGGUGUUAAGUUUUGUGUAUGGAGCAUGUGACAUGCAUGUUAAUGGCGGGUUGUUAAAAGGGGUGUGUCUUGUUUUUACUCUGUGUAGAGCUUGCAGACGGCACGUUCAGAAGAGGACAGGGACACCCUUUGGGACCCCUGGGGCUCCUGGAGUGAAUGUUCUCGCACCUGUGGAGGAGGGGCCUCGUACUCACUUCGACGCUGCCUCAGCUCAAAGUAAGACACUCAGCCGCUUAUCCUCUCUCUCUCCCCUCUCCUGCUCUCUUCCCCUCUCACCUAGUCUAUUUUACUCUCCAAUGUCUUCUGUUUUUGCUUGUGUGUGUGUAUCAAAUCAAAUUGUAUUCGUCACAUGCUUCGAAAACAUCCAUGGGCAAUUUGUAAGCUUUUGCUGAAACUUGGCUGAGGUAAUAUCCUUCCUCAAAGACUGACCAAUUGGACUGGUUUCCAUUAAGUCCAACAUGAUGGAAGAGGGGUGGGUCCCUCUUGCUCCGUGGUUUAUGUCCUGCCAAAUGAACCCAGACGGAGUCCCUAAUAGUGUGAGUAAAUCUCACCGCGAGCACCGUUCCUAUGGGCUAUAAUAGAAGUGCUCAAAAUACAUUUUAUAUGACUGUUAACCUCUUAAGGAUUGGAUCCUUUUUUUCAAUUUUCGCCUAAAAUGACAUACCCAAAUCUAACUGCCUGUAGCUCAGGACCUGAAGCAGAGAUAUAUAUAUUCUUGAUACCAUUUGAAAGGAAACACUUUGAAGUUUGUGGAAAUGUGAAAGUAAUGUAGGAGAAUAUAACACAUUAGAAAUGGUAAAAGAUAAUACAAACAAAAAAACAUGCUUUUUCUAUUAUCAUUUUUGUUCCAUGAUCUUUGAAACGCAAGAGAAAGGCCACAAUAUAAUAUUGCAGUUUAAGCACAAUUUAGAGUUUGGCCAUUAGAUGGAAGCAGUGUGUGGAAAGUUUCAGAUUGAUCCAGUGCAAUACUGGACUAUUUUGUAUCAAGUCUGCCCAAAUGUGCCGAAUUGGUCAAUUAAUACAUUUUCAAGUACAUAACUAUAGAGAACAUACAAAAAUUAUAUGGUAAUACAAAACGUAAGUUUACACCUUCCCAGGAAUGUUAUACAUGAUGGAUCAUUAGCUUAUGCACUAACUUUCACACAUUUGGAUGGCCGGGCGGGGUGGGUGUGGAGCCAGAGACAGCAGGGGUUCAAACUUUAGAACCCAGUUCCUACAUUUGAAUAUAAAAAUUGAUUUUAUCAAACAAAACUAUGCUACAUUUUAUCUCUGGGACCCUUAGGAUGACAAAUCAGAGCAAGAUUACUGAAUGUAAGUACAUUAUUUACUUUCAGAGGUGAAUGUAUCAAACCAGUUGCCUUGAUAAGUAUUUUGUUGUUGUGCACUCUCCUCAAACAAUAGCAUGGUAUUUUUUCACUGUAAUAGCUACUGUAAAUUGGACAGUGCAGUUGGAUUAACAAGACUUUAAGCUUUCUGCCCAUAUAAGACAUGUCUACGUCCUGGAAAGUUUGCAGUUACUUACAAUAGUCAUGCUAAUCACAUUAGCGCACGCUAGCUCAACCAUCCCAUAUACGGGACACCGAUCCCGUAGAGGUUAAAGAGCCCUGAAGGGUUAACAGAGAGAUCUAUUGUGUUUCCCCACAUCCAAUGAGCCCUGGCCUCCAUCUGUGCUUCAACCAAAAGUUGACGGAAAAUGUGAGGCGCCCUGAUUAUCGAUAACGAGUUAAGCGUGUUUCUUAAAUCAGAGCCACCUUGGAGGAGGCAGCUCAAUGAGAAGCACAAGCAGCACACUAAAAUCUCAAAGGCUGACGGGAACACACGAAGAAGCCAAUGACAAAAAUAUUGGGAGAAAGAGAUGGAGACAGCGUAUGUUGUCACAUUUAUAUACGGGGCGGGGAGAUAAUUAGUGCAGGAUAGUUGCUUGUCACCAAGGAAAAGGGUGGCUACUUUAAAUAAUCUAAAAUCUAACAUCUAUUUGGAUUUCUUUAACACUUUUUUGGUUACUGCAUAGAAAAUAGUAAAAAUAAAUAAUUUAAACUGGUACCGGGGGACCUUCAGACAAGUCUUGAGAGUUCUGUGGGUCCAAACCAUCUGACCCAGAUGUUUCUUGGGGGUCUAGUUUAAGGAGCUCCUUCAGCACCUCGGACUCAGUCACCGCCUGCAGGGAGAAACUAUGCAGGGGAAAAAGAGGGAGGAGCAUCGGGACUAGUUUCAUUAGAAAGGGUGGGAGAUGAGGAAAUGUUGGACGGGCAAGGAGGCAUGACUGAGUCAAAUAGCAAUCCUGACUUAAUGAAGUGGUGAUUAAAGAGCUCAGCCAUGUGCUCCUUGUCAGUAACAACCAGAUCAUCAACAUUAAGGGACAUGGGCAGCUGUGAGGAGGAGGGUUUAUUCUCCCGGUCUUUAACCGUUUUCCAGAACUUCUUGGAGUUGGACCCACAGAGAGAGAACUGCUCCUUAAAGUAA